ACUGUCAACAUUCAUGGCAUCUCCCGGUAACCAAAUCCAGUGCAGGUGUUAAGUUUAUUUUAAAAAAUUACAAACUUUGAGAGAAGAGUUUCAGUUUUUUGAAAAUUCUAAUCGUUCAAACGAAAUGGCUUCAAAAAGGCCUACUAAAGUUUGUCAAUAUGGUGAAAACUGCUAUCGCAAAAACCCGAUUCAUUUUGGAGAAUUUGCACAUCCUCACCUCGAUGAUAUCUACGAUAAAGGUUUCGAUGCAUCAACAAAAGAAUACAACAUUCCCGAUAAAUUCAACUUGUCUGAGGAUGUGAUUCGAAUUCAAUUGAAAUUGCUAGAGAAACUAUUUCCCAGACCAAAUGCCACAUCAAAAGUAUUAAAUGAAACAGCGUCAACAAGUAAACCACCCAAACCAAGUCCUAAAGCAUCAACAAGCAAACCAAAAGCAUCUACAACCCCUGCUCCAAGGGUCGUCGAAGGAGGAGGCUAUGUUUUAGGUUCUUCUAAGACAGAACCUUCAAAGAAAAUUGAUGAAACAUUUUCGAGCACUCGCAGUCCACAACCUGUUGCUGGUACUUCCAGAGCAUUUACAAGCUCAACUGAUGGAUCGAAUUUAUCCAAAAAACCCAAAAUAAAUCGUGAUAUCAAGGACUACAUUCCAGUGGUAUUGCCAAAAGGACAAGCUGCCGCGAAGCUAGAGAAAGCUGCUCCCUACUAUAUGUUCCUCACGGCUAUAACCAAUUCGAAACCUACUCACAAUGAACCAUUAACAAUUACACUUCAAGAAAUUCUCGAUGAGAGUCUGGGAGAAAUUGAGAUGUCCUUGCAAAUCAAUUUCAUGGUGGACAUUGGUUGGCUUUUGGGUCAUUACUACUUCGCUGGAAUAUUAGAUAAACCCUUGAUUGUACUCUAUGGCGACGAAACACCUGAAUUGAAGACCAUCUCACAGCACAAACCUCAAGUGACAGCUAUCAAAGUCAACAUGCCCACACCCUUUGCUACCUCUCACACUAAAAUGAUGUUAUUCGGCUACAAAGAUGGCUCAAUGCGAGUUGUGAUAUCGACAGCAAAUUUGUAUGAAGACGAUUGGCAUAAUCGUACACAAGGACUUUGGAUAAGUCCCAAGCUUCCCGCACUUCCAGAAGGUUGCGACACAUCGAUUGGAGAAAGUAAGACAAAUUUCCGAUCGGACUUGAUGUUCUAUUUGGUGGAAUAUAAAUUGCCAAAGCUUCAGCCAUGGAUGGCGAGGAUAAGGAAAACAGAUUUCAGUGAAAUUAAUGUUUUUCUGAUAGCAUCGGUGCCGGGAGGUCAUCGUGAAUGUAAUCGCGGGCAUCCAUGGGGUCAUGCUCGUUUGGGUCAGUUGCUGGGUAAUAUGUGUCUUCCGAUAGACGAGAAUUGUCCCAUAGUUUGUCAGAGCUCUUCCAUUGGUAGUUUGGGGCCCAAUGUUCAGUCAUGGGUGCAAAAUGAUUUUCUCAACAGUCUGCGUAAGGACUUGAAGCCUCUUGGUUUGCGAAGGAUUCCCCAAUUCAAAAUGAUCUAUCCUAGUUAUGGAAAUGUUAAGAACAGCCACGAUGAUUUGCUGGGUGGUGGAUGUUUGCCUUAUGGCAAAAACGUCGAUGACAAACAACCUUGGCUGAGGGAGUACUUGCAUCAAUGGAAGUCCAAACUACGACACAGAUCUCAAGCAAUGCCUCACAUCAAGACCUAUACUCGGUGGUCGGACGAGGGUGUCCAUUGGUUUGUUUUGACAUCGGCCAAUCUAUCAAAAGCAGCAUGGGGAGCUUUUAAUAAAAACACAAAUAUGGGACAAUGCCUGCGAAUUGCUAAUUUUGAAGCUGGAGUUGUAUUCUUACCAAAAGUUAUGAUUGGUGAGAAUACAUUUCCAAUGAAUACUAGCAAAAAUGGAGUACCACCGUUUCCAAUGCCAUAUGAUGUUCCUCUGACCAAAUAUGGUCCCGAUGAUAAACCAUUUCUUAUGGAUUAUUUAAGAUCAUAAUUCAGUGUUUAUUUUAAUAAAAAUGUUUUGUUACUUUCUACCUAUUCAAUAUUAUCUUCUACAGUUAUACUAAGUUACCACAAAGAGCUGUUAUAUACCUCUGUUAUAUUUUUACAUUAAAAAAUAAUAAACAAAAAUUUUCAAUGCUAA